AAGGGCAAAUCUUUUAGAUGUUGUUUUUGUAAUAGAUAGUUCUCGCAGUAUAGGACCAUCCAAUUAUGCUAUCAUGAAGGACUUUGUGAUUGACAUCAUCAAUAAAUCUGAUGUUGGCAAGGACCGGGUUCAAUUUGGAGCUGUGAAAUAUUCUGCUCAUCCAGAAACUCUGUUCUACCUUGAUGGUAACAAAACAGCGAUCAUUGAUAAGAUUAAAGAUGACACACUUUUGGAUGACACAACUUACACAGCAGAGGCUCUUCGACACUCUGAAGAUUUGUUCACUGAAAGCCAUGGCAGCCGCAAACGCAGAGGUGUCCCUCAACUUCUCAUGGUCAUAACUGAUGGGACCUCCCAUGAUAAAGACCAGCUUGAUGCAGUCUCAACACGAAUCAGGAACAAUGGAAUUACUAUUUAUGCCAUUGGGAUAAAAGAUGCAAAGUGUCCGGAACUUGAAAUCAUAGCUGAAAACAAAGAUCAUGUAUUUUUUGUGGAUACAUUUGAUGGGCUAAAAAAUCUAUCAGUAAUAGAUAAUUAUUGCCCAACAGCAGUAUGUAACAUCCAUGCUGAAAUUGUUUUCCUCAUUGAUGGUUCCAGAAGUAUUCCCGAAAAAGCUUUUAGGAAUGUGACAGUCUUCUUGACAAAACUGGUUGAUUUGAUUGGUUUUAAGGACAACAUAAAAUUUGGAAUGGCCCAAUUUAGUGAUUCGUACACUGAAGAAUUGCCUCUGGGUCAUUAUCAAAACAAAUCAGAACUUAAGGAAAAAAUUUUGAAUGUUUCAAUGCAGGUAGGGCAGCAAACAUACAUUGGAAAAGGUCUUAAAGAAGUAAAAGCCUUCUUCAAAUCACCAAAACGCAGAGUGGCUCGAAAUGUGCACCAAAAGUUGCUGGUAAUUUCUGAUGGAAAUUCAAGUGACAACUUUAUUCAAUCAGCGGAAGACCUGAGAAGGGAAGGCGUUGAGAUAUAUGCAGUUGGAGUGGGAAAUAUUCUACGUGCAAAACUUCAACAGAUGACUGUUUCCCCAGAGAGGAUAUACACUGCAGCUAAUUACAAUGAACUGCCCAAUAUUACGAAGCGCAUAACAGAGGGAAUAUGUAUAGAGGAUGAUAAAUCAACAUGUUUUGUGGAUGUGCUUGUGGGAUUUGACAUCUCAUCUCAGAAACCAGGGGAUCACUUAUUCAGUAACCAACAACUUUUGGAAACCUACCUUCCUGGUAUAAUAAAGAAGUUCACAUCUUUAAGUUCUGUGAGUUGCAGUAAAGGAACAACGACACAGUUCAGUGUGGCCAUUCAAAUAGAAAAUACAGAUCAACCUCUCUUGGCAAGCCUUGAAGUUGACAAUCAAAAAAUCAUAGAGAAACUCAGAAAUGUUGUGAUCAACAGCUCAUCUCAUCUCAAUGUCAAGUUUUUGGACAGUCUUUGGAAUUCAUUUAAAGGUCUAUCUGGUAAUAAAAACCGAAGCAAG